UUUUGAUAAUUUGUAAAAAGGAAAAAUGAAAAGUAAAUGGUGGUGGUGAAGAUAAGGAGAGAGAUAUGUAGGUGUAAGUGAGGGGAGAUAAGAGAAACUAUCAAAAAAAUUUUUUUUGUUUAUUUUAUAAAUUUUAUUUUGUUAUUGUUUACAAAAAUAUAUAUUUUAUAAAUAAAAUUCUUAAUUUUUUUCCUCUUUUUUAGUUUUUAUUUGUAUUUACAUUUAAUAUUUUUUUUUAAAUUUUUACAUCUUUUUUAAUCAAGUAAAGACAAUUCUUUAAAGACAAACUGACAAUUUUUAAGUCAAAAAGGAAUUAUUUGUUGUAUUAAUUUGUCAUGACCGGAAAAUUGAAGCAAAUAUCUUCAAGUUGUUGUUUUGGUGGAUAUCAAAAUGUUAUGGAACAUUUUAGCGAUGUUUUAAAUUGUAAAAUGAAAUUUGGAAUUUAUUUACCGGAUUGUUGUGUUUCCAAAGAGCCAGUUAGUGUGCCUAUUCUUUUUUGGCUUUCGGGUUUAACGUGUACUGAAGAAAAUUUUAUAAUAAAAAGUGGAAUGCAGCGGUUUGCCUCAAAAUUUAAGGUUAUUGUUGUGAAUCCAGAUACAAGUCCAAGAGGGGAAGAUAUUCCGGUUGGGAUUGAUUGGGAUCCUAAUUUUGGUGUUGCUGCUGGAUUUUAUUUGGAUGCAACAGAACCAAAAUUUGCCAAAAAUUACAAAAUGUAUUCUUAUUUGGUUAAAGAAUUUGUUCCUCUUAUUUUUGAAGAAUAUAAAGAAUUAAUUAUAAAACAGUCUUGCGGGAUUUUUGGACAUUCAAUGGGAGGGCAUGGAGCCUUAACUAUUGGAUUAAAACAUCCAGAAUUAUUCAAAUCAAUUUCUGUUUUUGCCCCAAUUUGUAAUCCAAUGAAAAAAACUCCAAAUUUUGGUUAUAAACAUUUGGAAGCGUUUUUGGGUCCUUUAGAAGGCGAAAAUAUUUUAGAAUGGGAAAAGUACGAUUCUGUGGCUUUAGCGUCAAAAUAUCAAGGACCGAAAGUUGAAAUACUUUUUGACCAGGGUUCAAAAGAUCCAUUUUUACAUGAUUUAUUACCAAACAAUUUAAUUUCUGUUUCCAAUCCAAAUAUUGUUUGGAAUUAUAAUUUGCGUGAAAAUUAUGACCACGGAUAUUAUUUUAUCUCAACAUUUAUUGAAGAACAUUUUUCUUUCCAUACUAAAAAUUUUGGGGACAAAAAAUAG